CUCCAGGUAAGGAACCGUAUCAACGAUUGAUCGGAAUUAACGUGACGCGCGCGUGUGACUCGUUGACUUUUCAACGCCUACCGUAUCCGGCGAUUACUGGUUAAGCGGUCGUGAACUUAAACGCGGCUGCGACCCAGUGCACGGCGGGGCGCGUUAAAUGCGCGCGGGUGGAGCGACGCGCGUUUCCAGGACACCCGAGGGACCCUAGGACGGCCGAAGCAUGGGCAACUGCUUCAGCAGCCCGACGGACGUGGAGAAGGAGAAGCCGGACAGGAUCUGCAAUCCCAGCAUAGAGGCGGUCGCGUCGCAGGUCAGCCCGGUGCCGACGCCACCGCCUGAUCCCAUCAGGCCGAUCCCGCAGAUCCCGGACAUGGACGUGACCACCGCCAAGAUAUUCGUCGCCCUGUACGACUACGACGCCCGCACGGACGAGGACCUGAGCUUCAAGAAGGGCGAGCACCUGGAGAUCAUCAACGACACGCAGGGCGACUGGUGGCUCGCCAAGAGUAAAAGGACCAGGCAGGAGGGCUACAUUCCCAGCAAUUACGUCGCCAAAUUGAAGUCGAUCGAGGCGGAGCCAUGGUAUUUUAGGAAGAUUAAGCGAAUCGAGGCGGAGAAAAAAUUGCUACUGCCGGAAAACGAUCACGGCGCGUUUCUGAUAAGAGACUCCGAGAGCCGGCACAAUGAUUACUCCCUUUCAGUGCGCGACGGCGACACGGUCAAGCAUUACCGUAUCCGCCAGCUGGACGAGGGCGGCUUCUUCAUCGCCAGGCGGACCACGUUCAGGAAUCUGCAGGACCUCGUUGAGCACUACAGCAAAGACGCGGAUGGCCUGUGCGUCAAUCUGUGCAAGCCUUGCGUGCAGGUGGAGAAACCCGUAACGGAGGGUCUUAGUCACCGUACGCGGGACCAAUGGGAAAUCGAUCGUUCGUCACUGAAAUUCCUGAGGAAAUUGGGACAGGGCCAGUUCGGCGAGGUAUGGGAAGGUCUGUGGAACAACACUACCCCGGUGGCGAUAAAGACGCUCAAGCCGGGCACCAUGGACCCGAAGGACUUCCUCGCCGAGGCGCAAAUCAUGAAGAAACUCCGACACGCCAAACUAAUUCAAUUGUACGCUGUGUGCACGAUGGAGGAACCGAUCUAUAUCAUCACGGAAUUGAUGAGGAACGGCAGUCUACUCGAAUAUUUACAAGGAAAAGGUCGAGGCCUAAAAUUGCAACAACUGAUCGACAUGGCCGCGCAAAUAGCCGCUGGUAUGGCGUACUUAGAAUCGCAGAAUUACAUCCAUCGAGACUUGGCCGCCCGUAACGUUCUCGUGGCAGACGGAAAUGUCGUUAAAAUCGCGGACUUUGGCUUGGCUAGGCUCAUCAAGGAGGACGAAUACGAGGCUAGAAUAGGGGCGCGCUUCCCUAUCAAGUGGACCGCCCCCGAAGCUGCCAACUACAGCAAAUUCAGUAUUAAAUCCGACGUAUGGUCGUUUGGUAUACUCCUUACCGAAUUGGUUACGUACGGUAGAAUACCUUAUCCAGGUAUGACAAACGCCGAGGUUCUUCAUCAGGUAGAACACGGUUAUAGAAUGCCGUGUCCACCCGGCUGUCCCGACACGCUGUACAAUAUCAUGCUGGAAUGCUGGAACAAGGAUCCUAUGAAACGACCGACUUUCGAGACACUUCAGUGGAAACUUGAGGACUUCUUCACCAUGGAAGGUUCCGAGUACAAGGAAGCGUCUGCGUAUUGAAGAAAGGAUUUCGAACUCUUCCAUAUUGCUCCAUUAAGAGGUACGAUAAUUGUGCCGUCGUCAGUGAUCGUCGUUACAUCGACGGCGAUCGUUGCGAUCUUCUUCAUUGAUCUAUUUGUGACGCUAGUUUUCGCGGUACUUCUGAAAAGGUGCCGCAACUUUUAUGCUCGAACGAUUACGAUCACUUUGCGAACGAUCAGUAGACGAUUGCAUCGUUUUAUUUAACAGUAAAUUUUUCUUUCCUUUCUCUCUCCCUUUCUCUCUUUCCAUUCUGUUUUCCUUUUUUUACGUUCUCGUCAUCGCACAUUUUGUCUGCCAUAAAUCUCAAAGAAUGAUAUUUGUACAUUUUUAUCUAUAUGACUUGACGAUACAAACGUACAUUGGCAUUUUGAUAGCUUUACCAGAAGCGGCGACGAGGUUUUAGAUAUUGUUUUAGACCGCAGUAAGGAUGUUGUACAUGUAGACGUUAAAUGGCCUUUGUAAAAUCGUUUAUAAGUGUCAGUUAGCGUGAGAGGUAGACCUCGAUCAUCAGGGUGAUAAUUCCGGGUGAUGAUGAUGGUAGCCGAUGUAAUAUAUUUGUGUACAAUAUAAGUUGUACUUUCUGUAUUACAAUUCCUGUAUACACUAUAUGGCGCGACAAAGGGUUGAUUACCUGAUGAAAUCGAACCGACAACGUUAGAGACGAAACGACGGACCAUAAAUGCACAACUUUAUCAUUCCUUCUUUCUUCUCGCUCGGGCGUGACACGAAUUAAUUGCGACGUACUCCCACGAGGCGGAUACACGAGAGUCGUCGGCGAAGCGAUUUCGCGCGCGCCGUGUGCACGCAUGUGCGAAGAUCGGGGGAUAUACAACCGGUCCGUCCAAAACAACGCGAAAGACUGCGUCCUGUGGCGACUGUGUCUCGAACGACGUCAUGUCCUAUUCGUUUAUCCCGUCGCGAAAAAUACCGACGCGGUAAAUACCUGACACAGACUGCCAGCUAACGUUUUCUAAGGUACACUUGUUACUUAUAACGUGUAAGAGAUCACUUUUCGGAAGUAUACGCGUGAGAGUAUGCGCCUGCCGAGUAUCUGUGCAUGAGAAAUGUACGAAUUUGCUAUGGAAGGGAGAAAUCAGUCUACUUCCGUCGUAUCUUUAAGUACUCUGAGAGGAGGAUGUACAUCACGAAUUACGUCAUCUUCGUUAAUCAUCACUCGGAUAUGUUCAUGUUAUCGAAUUCGUCAUUUUUAUAUAUUUUUAUAUAUAUAUCGUGUCUAAUGUUUUAUUAUACUCAUUUAUCGCGACUUUUCACGUUUGUGAAUGACUCAAACUUGAGAAUAAUUAUUAUUACGCGUAAAAAUACAAUAAGUCGAUAAUAUUAGACAUACUUUAUAAAUGUAUGACUCCAUAACGGUAAAUGAUGUAAAAUUAUAUAGAUAUUUUAGCAAUAUUUUGAUCCCAUUUGAAACAUAUGCGCAAAUAUGUAUGGAAUGUGCCAAAAACCAUCGCCAUUCCUUCACUAUCUACUGAUUCUCCUAUGGAUUUAGAGUCGAUUUUUCCACGGUUGAAAUAAUAUCGGUGGCUAUCGUAUUAGAGCCAAGCGAUUUAAGCAAUUUUUUCACAGUGAGUGUUUUAACAGCAAAGACUUGGGAUAACUUUUGUUAUUCUAUCGUUGAGGGACUUGUUGGGAAAGAUCGAUUCUAAUUUCGUCAGAAAAUAAGCCCCGGGAAUUUUAUGCAAAUUGUACAAAACAUCUCAACAUACAACACGGGUGUAUAUGUAUGCGUAUGUAUGCACGAUAUCAACUCUAGCAUCCAUCUUCUGUUCUGAAAUCAGAGCUGUGUUAAUAGUACCAAAUUAAUCGCAAAUUUCAAAGAAAUGCAUGUUUACGGACAGUAUCACUGUCGGAUAAAUCUUUGUAAAUCUUUGCAAUAUCGUUAUCUUCUAGACUAACGACACAUCGACCAACUUCCGGUAAGAAGUAUGAUUUCUUUCAAUUAAGUCUUAUCUCACAUUUCUUUGAAAACAUUUAAUUUAUAAGAGAAAUUCGGGAAAAGCGAGCAAUUAUAUAUUUUAAAGCGACGAAAUUUAUUAAAUCGUGUGUAUGAAAUCUAUUCAGGAUUAUAAGUUGUGACCGCAUUGCACUAAGAAAUAAGAUAAAAAUAUUAUCAACUAUAUGUAAUAAUAAUAAUAAUAAUGAAAUGUAAUGCAACGAUUGCAAGCACAAAACGGAUGAAAGUUUACUGAAAUUACUGUUAAUUUUUAUCCAGACAAACUCUUCUUUUCUGUAAUUAGAGGGGAAAACAGUUUCUCUGUCGAAUAAUUAUAUAAUAGGAAUCUGUGGCGAGUGAAAAUAAAAAUACUUUAGAUGUAUAAGAAAUAAUUGAUAAAAUAAACGCAACAGUUUUGUUUAUGAAAAUGAGA